AUGCCGGGUGUCUUUCAGGCGGUGACUCUGCACACAGAUUUGGGCGAUAUAAAAAUUGAAGUGUUCUGCGAGAGAGCGCCGAAGGCUUGCGAGAACUUCUUGGCCUUGUGUGCCGGCAACUACUACAGCGGCUGCCUUUUCCAUCGCAACAUCAAAGGCUUCAUGGUGCAGACGGGGGACCCCACCGGUGAGAGCCGACCCUCAGGGACGGGGAAGGGGGGGCAGAGCAUCUGGGGACGGAAAUUCGAAGAUGAAUUCAGUGAAUAUCUCAAGCACAGCGUGCGUGGGGUGGUCUCCAUGGCCAACAACGGCUCCAACACCAACGGCUCCCAGUUCUUCAUCACCUACGGCAAGCAGCCCCACCUGGAUAUGAAGUACACCAUCUUCGGAAAAGUGAUCGAUGGACUGGACACUCUGGAUGAGUUGGAGAAGCUGCCGAUACACGAGAAGUCAUUUCGCCCCCUGACAGAAGUGCGGAUCAAAGAUGUCACCAUUCAUGCCAACCCGUUUGCCCUUUGA